AUGGAAGAAGAUAUACCACAAUUGGUGGUAGAUUUACCUGACAAUGGGAUAAUAACAACAGAAAAGGUCACGACUGAGCCUGUGACACUGAUAAAUCCGACGACUGUAUCCUCCACCAAAAAAAUCCCCAUCACAAUAGUCACUGGAUAUCUUGGAUCAGGCAAAUCCACAUUACUCAAAAAGAUUGGAGAAAAAUCAAACAAGAGACUAGCGAUCAUCUUGAAUGAGUUUGGAGACUCAUCAGUAAUUGAAAAGUCGGUGACGAUACAGGACCAGAAUGAAAGCGUACAAGAGUGGCUAGAUAUCGGGAAUGGCUGUUUAUGCUGUACAGUCAAAGACAAUGGUGUGACUGCCAUUGAGAAUUUAGUGGAGAAUUCAAGAGACAAGAUCGACUACAUCUUAUUAGAAACGACUGGCAUUGCUGACCCAGCACCUAUCGCUAAAAUGUUUUGGCUCGAUGAAGGACUAGCGUCGAAUAUUUACAUUGAUGGUGUUGUGACCGUUGUUGAUUCUGAAAAUAUACUUACUUGUUUGAAUGACGUUGGCGGACACUGGCAUAAGCAGCACGACUUGGAGCCAAUUGAGGAGGGCGUGACAACUGCUCAUUUGCAAGUUGCACUAGCAGAUGUUAUUUUGUUGAACAAAUCGGACAAGAUUCAAGACUCAACCGAGAUUGUUGAGAGACUUCGAAGUGUCAACCAAACAGCACCCAUCCACCUCACAAGUUUUGGUGAUAUAGAUCUCGAAAAGAUUUUGGACUUGCACGCAUUUGAAGCAAAUACCAAGUUGCUGGAAUCCAGUGCUUCAUUUCAUGACGGCAGGAUCACAACGAUAACUAUAGACUUUGCCUUUUUCCAAGAUCAAAGUGGCUUUGACAAGAUUGAAAAGUUUCUCCAGUACGUACUUUGGGAGAACAAAGUGGAUGGUAAAGACGUGGAAAUUCAUCGCUUGAAAGGAGUCCUUGUUUACAAGGACGAUGUUAGAGUAGUUCAGGGAGUCAGAGAAACUUACGAAAUAAUAGAAAAUGGGAAACUAUUAGACGAAAUCAAACAGAACAAGUUGGUCUUUAUAGGAAAAGAUUUGAAUCACGAUGACUUGAUGAUAGAACUAAAUAGGUUUAUAAAUUAA